AUGAUGCCCACCAUUGACUUUAGUAAUAUAAUAAAGCACCCGCUCAUCAAGGCAUCAGAGUUCUCCGAAGUCCACGGUGGAACACUUAUUCGGCCUGCUCCAGCUUCGUCCGCGUCCAUACAUUCCACCUCGUCCUCCUCCUCAACACAUUCGUCCUCGUCUGCCUCCCCGACUUUUUCUUCCAGCUCCAGACUAGAGCCCGAAUAUAGUCCCGUCGUCCUCAAAUGGUCCCGCAAUCCUACAGACUUUCGCGACCUCCUCCACGCCUUCGGCAAACUGCGCGACCUGCCUCAGGCACCGAAUAUCGUCACCUUUUACGGAGCAACACGCGAACACCCCUCGGCAGCUGCCUCACUAGCAUCGACUCUUGCAAACAACUCGCCAACACAAAACGGUGUACCCAGGACACGAUCUCUCAGCAGUGUGGCCGCAUCCCUCUCUAAUCUCGCCCUCGCUGCUACCAUCGGUACCAGCGCCAAUACCAGUACAAGCAACAACAACAACAACAACAGUACAGCCUCCCCUUCAACGCAGUAUGAGAAUAUGCCGCGGGACUGGAUUGUGACUAAACCUUCGGCACACGGUACGCUGCACGAGUUCCUGAAAUCACCGCAGGGAGAGGCACUGGAUUGGAUGGGCAAGAUUCGGCUGAUUCGAGGGGUUGCAAACGGACUAUUGUACUUGCAUGAACAUGGGCUACUGCACAUGAACUUGCACAGUGACAACGUCCUGGUCGAGAACGGACCUACCGCCGUCCUCACCGACUUUGGACAGACUUCCAGAUCUGGGCGCGGACCUGAACCUGGCUGGGAUCAUGACACUAACCAGCAGACCAGUCCCAAGGCAGGAGCACGAUGGGUGCACGGGAGGGGCGUCUUUGAGAAGGGACUCAUCUACACUGCGCCCGAGCGUCUUGCCAACCCUGAACUCAACCCUUGUACGACAGCCUCCGAUAUCUAUUCUCUUGGCGUCAUUAUGCUGGAAAUCAUGACAGGACAUCGCUCCCAUGCCAGUCAUUUCCUGAAUUCCUCUGCCGACCACACUCUCCGUCUCGACGCACGAUCACCACCGGCAACAAUGCCCACCAUGUCGACACCUCAGGGAACCAUGACCUUGCCGUCUGCUAUGGAGUCUUUGAUCCGCAGGAUAUGUUCACGCGACCCUACACAACGACCAGGACUGAUGGUCAUUCGAUCACAGCUCAAGGAGAUGGCCAACACUUCGUUUGACCUUCAUGUCCGCGAGCCCAUCAACAAGGGCACUACUGGAAUCCAAUUGAACGCCAAAAAGCCCAUCUCGCUCAUCUCUGUCGUAACUACACCGUCUGUCAUUGCGGAGUCGAGUCCAAUGACUCCAGAACCCAGCUCGUAUUCGGCACGGCCUACCAUUGACUCUAUGGCAUCAAAAUCACCCAACAUGAUCAAGAAGCGGACGUCGAUUCUUCGCAAGGCGCUAGACAUGUCGCUCAAUUCACCCCCUGCUUCGCCCAAGCGCAAACUGAUUCCUAUCUGGGAGGCCGCCGUCAAGGGUGAUGUCAAGACCAUAAACUCGCUGCUCUCUCAGGGUGUAUCUGUCAAUCAGAGGGAUCCUGUCACCGACCACACUCCUCUUAUUGCCGCCGUCGCUGACCUCGAGAACCCCAACCAAGUGCCCAAUACGAACAUUUUGGAACUUUUGAUCAAUCGUGGAGCAGAGAUCAAUGCAUUCGACCAAAAGACCAAGCAGACCAUUCUUCACCACCUCUGUUUGCGGCCCAACCCUCCACCCGCUGUGCUCAAGUUUCUUUUAGAUCGUGGCGCCAACCCCAACGCUGUCAGCUCAGCACGACAGACGCCACUACACUACCUUGCUGAGAGAGCAAAAUCGUCGCCAUUGGAGCCGAUGCGCUUGUUGCUGGAUGCUGGAGCAGAGGUGGAUGCCAAGGGCCCAGUCAUGUGGACGGCGCUGCACUUACUCUCUUCGAGUGAGAAGCCCUACUUGGAUGCCAUGAUGCUGUUGUUGACCAGAGACAUCGAUGUGAACGCCAAGGACAGCAACAGGUGGACGGCGCUCCAUUUUGUGGCGCAUUAUAAUCAGGAUCCGGCGCCGGCGCUCAAGAUUCUGGUGGAUGCAGGUGCGGAUGUCAAUGCUCUGACAAAGCGACAUGAGGGUGUGAUUCAGGUGCUGUUGAAGAGCAAGAGUAUUGAUCGGUUGGCGGCCUUGGACUUGUCACAGGUCGCCGCUGCUAGCCCGACCCCAUCGCCUGUCACUGCCACGUCUGGAUUGGGGAUUUCGGGAACAUUUGGAGGCCAUGCACGGAAGAGGUCGACUGCUUCUAUUCUUUCCAACAAUGGAUCUCUGGGCGUUUCGUCACUCCCUAGGAUCAGCUCUGUUGCAGAGGUGGCGGUCUUGGAACAGGCAGAGCUGGCGAACGGUGAGAACGUAUUGUUGUCACCCGAGGAUGAGGCCAAGGAGGAGACGCUCAAGAAGCUUGCAGAUCUGAUCCGGUGGUUGAUGGUCGAUAGCGGGGUUCAGUUGGAGCCCAGUCUGGACUUUGAGGACCCUUACCCUCCCUCGCACCCCAAGAACCAGCAUGUCCUCUUUAGGGCGAUUCGGUUGGGAAUGAGGCCGAUUGUUUCGGCGUUGCUAGAAACUAGUUUGGCGAUGAGCGAGAUCCAUGUUUUGGAUGAGGCGUUGCAGAUGACGGAUGAUAUGUUGGCGGCGCUGAACAUGAAUGUUCAGCCUCAGCAGCAGCAUGGCAGUGAGAAUGGAUCAACGCGGAUGUCUCUUGAAUCGACAGCGUCGUCGACAUUCCGUCACCGCAGGACCAGUAGUGUCAGCAGCAACGGCAGUUCUUUACUCUCGACUAACCUGUCGAUGGCAGGAGGUGGCGGUAGCGGUGCGACAGCAAGCAACACUAUCGUUACGCCUAAAUCGAUUGCCCAGGCAGCCACGUCGAUUCGCAGGACUCAAGAGAUUGAGGACUUGUUGAAGGUAUGGCGGUUUGGAGAACAGAGGCAGCAGCUUUUGGAUUCUGUCAAGGCCCGCUUGGCUCGGUCUAACAGGAGACGGGCUAGUAAGAGUGGGCGUGGUCAUGCGCAUGGUCAUGGUCAUCAGAACGGUGGUGGAAGCAUCGGUGGUGGUGGGAGUAGUGUGGCGGAUGAUGAUGCUAGUGUUGGGUGUAGCAGUCCUGUUUCUUCGAUCCAUUCAGAGCGUGAGCGGGAAACCUUUAGCAGGAGUACCACCUUGUAG